UGGUCUAAGGGUUCUUAAGAAGAAGACUUUGAAAAGGCCUCAUCCUAUUUUUGCAUUUUGUGAUUGUCUCCCCAAUAAAGAGAAUAUGGUCCUUCAUUUGAACAAACUUGAGAGCGCUUCACUCAAGGAUGCUUUUUCUUAAGUUUGGUUGAAAUUGGCGCAGUGGUUCUGGAAAAAAAGUCAAAGAUGUAAAGAUUACAGACAGCCAGACGGGCAGACGACGGAGAACAGACGACCAUAAAAGCAUACUUAAGCUUUCAGCUCAGAGCACGAUACCCGGACUAUCCUGUCAAGGACCAUGUAUUUGAAUGUAGGAACAUUCUACUUUGUUUUUUCGGUAUGUUUGCGACAAUCGACAGCAUUUCACUGCUCUUCUGAGCCAAAGUGUCGAUGUUACUAUGAUAAAGGGAUGGUGGUUGCUGGAUGCAGUGGACUUGGGCUAUUGCACGCUCCAAGAUUCAAUGAAAGUGUUCAAAGUAUCGAUCUAAGCACUAACCGUCUCUCAGAAAUACCUGCAGAUAUGCCUUCAAACAUCGUUUCCCUCAACAUUGCCGAGAACAAAAUCAUAGAUCCUAAAAAAGAAGUUCUUUCAAGAUACAAACAUUUGCGAUGGUUGGAUAUCGGAAGGAAUUGUUUAUGGCAAAGACAUAAAACAUGGCCUUCUCUGUUUUUUGAAAACCUGACGCAACUGGAAACAUUACACAUAAAAGAUGAUUGUAGUUCAAUUAAUUUUGCGGAUAUGAAAUACUCAAACAAGUGCUUUUAUGGAUUAUCGUCUUUAAGAUACAUUGAAUUAAAUGGGCUACGUACUGGUAACUUUGGGGAUGCGUUUGAUAAAAAUAUGUCUAUUCAAAUUCUUGUCUUGUCAGGAUACGAGUAUUGUCAUAUUCAGGACAUCAGAACAUACACCUUCAACGUUUUCAAAAAGUUGACAAAUUUGUCAUUGCAUCAGUGUGUACUUACGAAUAUCGAGAAGGGGGCUUUUGCACUCAUGAAUGAUCUCGUUCACCUGGACAUAUCAAGCAACAAAAACCUUCAUUUAUCCGUGUUACCAAAUAUCACUUACGAUCUUCGAGAUUCGAAACUAAAGACUCUCAUCGCAGAUAGCCUUCAGUGCUAUGGUGGACUAUCACUUAUUUUAACUGUAAAACACAUAGAGAACCUCGAAAAUACUUCUUUGAAAAAACUUUCGUUAGCAGGAAACAGAAUUGCCAUAAUUGAUAAAGAUAUUAUGAAAUAUUUACCAAAAUCAUUGACAAAUAUAAACAUCGGAGACAACAUGCUGCAGUUUGGAUCCUACAUUUUUCAAGGUUCAUUUCUUCCAAAUUUAGAAAGGCUUGAUGUUGAAUAUACCGGAAGUUAUAGACCGGGAUUCCAUAUAGGCUGUAACACGUGUUCUAACUCCUGUUGUACCAAGACAGCAAUUGUCAACGUUUCUAACGCUAUCAUAAAUGACACACCGAAGCCAUAUUUUACAAUACGACUGCCCCCGAAAUUAAAAAUUCUAAAUAUUGCCAAUCAGAGAAUUGACCACCCUGUUUUAGAGUUUGGGUUCUUCCCACAAAACUCUUUAACACAUCUGUAUGCCCAAGGGAAUUUCUUCUAUUCUAUACAUCAUAUAACCGGAAUUAAGAAUUUGGAAUACAUUGAUUUAUCGAAUAACUUCUGUUCCAGUAUAACCAAUCAAUCUUUACAAAAUAUGAGCAGUUUAUUAUUUCUCAAUUUGUCUACAAAUCUUCUAGGAAAAGAAUUGAGAAGUCAAAAUGUAAAUGAUAUGCUUCAUUUUCCUCCCCAUCUGAGAGUACUUGAUCUCUCGUAUAACUGGAUAACGACCUUAGCCCUUGACUUGUUCACUGUCAGUAGAGAUCUUGAGUCCUUAAACUUGAGUAAUAAUGAGAUAGAAUCCGUGUCAUUUGAUUUGUCUUCUUCUUUAAAAUUGCGUGAAAUAGAUCUCUCCUUUAAUAAAAUCGUUAAGUUGGAUUCCGCAUCGAUGAAAAAUUUAGAUUCUCCAAGAAAGACCCGUUUGAGUAUCAAUCUGGCAAAGAAUCCUUUGGUAUGCACUUGUCAAAGCCUAGGAUUCCUGGAAUGGAUAAAAGAGUAAUUAAAUAAACACUUCCUAGAUCUAGAUAAAUACACGUGUUCAUUUAGCAACAACACAAAGACUACCUUGGGUGAUUUGGAUCAAGUGAUAUCUACAUUAAAACGCGAAUGUAAAUCCUAUACAACAUUAGUUGUCGCUGUAACUGUUAUUUUACUUGUAACAAUAGUUUGUUUUUCACUUGCUAUUAUGUAUAGAUAUAGAUGGAAACUACGAUAUUUAUAUUACGCAGGGAAGCGAACUUCCAAAGGAUACUCAAAGAUAUUAGAGGAAGGAAGGGAAUACCAUUUUGACGCCUUUAUUUCAUAAGCGGAGAACGAAAGACAAAUCUUAAUUCCAAAUCUAUUGAAAGUGGAGAAGGAAAAUACUUUCAAAUUUUGUAUUCACAGCCGCGACUUUAUG